UGGUGGACGCACUAAAACGAAAGUGGAUAUUAUUGCGGAAGAUUUUUAUAAUUUCUUAGUCAAGUUUUUAAAAACAAAGGAAACACAGAUAUCUAACAAUGGUUGACGAAAGGAAACGACUCUUACCUCCUAGAAUCGGCAGUUCGGAGGAGGAUCCGCCUUGUGGCUGCUCAGAAUGUUGUAUUCCUUUCAGAAUAGAGAACAGAACUUGUUCAAAGACUGCCGUGUUAAUUACCGUAGCUCUGGAGAGACUAGCUUUCUACAGCAUAUCUGGCAAUCUUAUUCUUUUUCUUAAUGGGACAAAAUACAAUUGGUCCUCGUAUGCAGCAAUGAAUGCCUCAUACAUUUUCCUUGGUGUGGCAUGUAUCUUUUACUUCAUUGGUGGAAUUGCUGCAGAUAUUAAGUUUGGUAGAUUCAAAGUGAUAGUCUUUGCCUUUGCAGUUUACACCAUAGGGUAUGCUUUUUUCCCUGUGAUGUCCAACAAACAAAUAAUAAACAAGCUCUCCACAAACGCAACAGAAUUUCAAUGUAACAUUGAUGCUAUGGAUAAGGAGAAAUACUACUGCCCAGCAGUUCUCUACCUAGCAUUGGUGAUAGUUGCUAUGGGAACUGGAAUGCUCAGAGCAAACAUUGCUCCUUUUGGAGCGGAUCAGUUGCAUGGAGAGGAACCAAGGAAAACUGUUGGCUUUUUCAACUGGUAUUACUGGUCAAUCAAUGUGGGAACACUGGUGGCUCUGGGAGGCAUUGCCUACCUUCAACAAGGGAUCAGUGACAACGGUUUCUUCUAUGGGUACAUCAGUGGCAUUUGCAGUCUCAUUUUGGGACUAAUAGCAUUCAUGAUGGGAAUGCGUACAUACAGAUACAAAAAGCCAGUUGGGAGUGUAUUCAAGACCAUCUUCAAGAUAAUAAGAGAAGCAUCAAGAAUCAAGAAGAGGAAAUUGAAUGCUCAGCAACAUCGUUUAAACAUUUCAAGGGCACCAACAGAGAUUGAGGAGGAGCAGGGCCCAACAGCAUUCCUUGACUACGCUAAGUUCCGUCAUGGUGGCAGCUACCACGAUCAUGAUGUAGACGAUAUCAAAAAGCUAGGGAAAAUACUGGCUGUCUUCACUGCCCUUAUUCCAUACUGGAUUGUCUAUUAUCAGAUGGAGACAACAUUCCUGGUACAAGGCCUUCAUAUGCGACUAUUCCUGGGAAAAGAGGCGAACGUGACCAAAAUGUGUAAUGUGUCUCCCUCAACUGUCUACCCUCCGGACAAGCCUUUGGAAAAUGGGUUUGGCAUAGCAGUUGCAUGGUUGACGCUAUUCGAUGUGGUACUUCUCAUCAUUCUCAUUCCGGUUAUGGACAAGAUUAUCUACCCCUGGAUCAACAGCCAGGGCUGGUCUUUCACCAUGGUCAAGCGAAUUCUUGUCGGCUUCGUUUUUGCGCUCCUCGCGAUCAUUGCUGCUGGUCUGCUGGAGAUUUAUAGGCGGGGAGAGUUUUGGCGUACUGAUGCACCCCAUUGUUGUUACAAGAUGGUUCCACAACAAAUACAGAAAGGGGUGACGUACUACGCAGCAGAUCUGAGUAUAUUUUGGCAGAUACCACAAUACGCCCUCAUUGGCUUCAGUGAAAUAUUCACAAGCAUUGCAGGACUUGAGUUUGCCAGUAUGGUUGCACCUCGUUCCAUGAAGAGCAGCGUAAUGGGCUUGUUUUAUUUCUUUUCGGGGCUCGGCAGUUUUCUAGGCUCGCUCAUACUUUUCAUGCUCCAAAACAGGUGGUUUUUCGACGAGGAUCACGGAAAUAUCAACUGUCAAAAGGGCUGUUAUAAUUCUAAGGGAACAUGUCACCUCGAUUGGUACUUUUUUCUGCUGGGCGGAAUACAAGCUGCCGGGUUUCUUUUCUUUUUGAUUCUCAUUCGAAAAUUGAAACUCGAAGAAGAUCCUGCCAUAAUUGGACACGCAUCUUUAAAUGAUUCCCUGGAAGAACGUGAACGGCCGAGAAGUCGAAACAGGGGACGGAGAAUAAGAGUGCAAGAAAACCCCUCGAAUAUCACUACCCCAGAAAGAUCUACUACACCAAGGUCACUGAUUGACACAGACAUAAAAACAGAGUCAUCUGCUUCUGAGUCAGGAUUUUCUGGCGGGGAGGCUGACGGUAUAAAAAGACUAAGCAAUAUGGCAAAGAGGGGAGUCGUUAAUCGUACCAUCAGCAAGGACAGAACUGGUAGGAUUGGCCUCAACGAAGGUGCCCCCGAAUCUUAACAAUGAAAUGUUGGGACUGAAGUCCAUAAGGGGUGUGGUACAUGUUUUUGGGGUGAGAUUAUUAACAGAGUGAAACUGUUAUUUCAAAAAAUGAAUUUAAUCAUAACCUCAGUAAUCUUAAAUCUGUAUAACAUCACAAAUGGCAUCACAUUGAUUUUUUUUAUUUUCUCACCUUGUGUUCAUUUUUAAUAAGAAUGGCAACCAGUACCCAAUUACUCAAUCGAUCGUCCGAGUAUUCGAAUACUAUUUUACUACUCGAGUACUUAAAAAAAGUAUUAUUUUAAAUUUCACUAAAACCACGAUAUAAAGAUAUACAGACUGAAAAUUUUAUUACUGGCAGAAGUCCACACUCAAAAAUAUAGCAAAAACUAUGACACAAAAAUAAUUUUAAUAUGCGACUAAAAUUCACAAAGAUCAUGGUUCAAAUGGCAUACAAAACCAUGGUACCAAGUGAAAUAAAGUUGCCCCCAACAAAGCUUUAUAAGAUGUCUACCUAUAGCAAAUAACACCUGUGUUAUCAGUGCUCAUAGCUGUUUUAUCUACUUUAUAAAUUACUUAUUUAGUUUUAAAUUUGUAUUAAAGUGAUACUCGUAUUUAAAAUCUACAUAUAUCCAUGUAUUUUUUUUUAUAACAACCAUAAAUUUGGAGUGAUAAACCUUGAACUACUUACUAAGUAAGGCAUUCAUGGAAAAUAUUAAUUACUGAUAACAAGAUUGUAACCAUGUAUUUAAUAGCUGAAAAUGCACUAAUAUUAAAUGACUGGUGGGUCCUAAAAGAUUUACAGUGAUCAACUAUCGCAUCAUAAGGUAGAAAUACAGUGUUUUCUGCACCUUUCUUUUGAAUUAAUCACGGGUAUCCUUCAUAAGAACCAUUGUUUUAAAAAUUCAUUCGUCCUUUUCGGCAAAUUAAAACGAUUGUAUUAUUUGUGGUGCUGCUUAUUUAGGAGUAAGAGUGCAUCUAAUGUACGUGUUUUACAGACAUUAACUGUGCAAUUAAUUUAAGUUCAAAAUGUAAAAAAGAAUCCUCAGCCAUCUCCAUUCAAUAAAAAAACCUGUUGAUUUUUGUUGCUGAAUUCUUAUGAUUUAGGUCAAAUUUCUUUUUUGUGCAUAAUACGGUAGAUCUAAUUCUACUCCUAUUAUAAAUUGCUGUUUAUUGAUUGUAAAAAUAUAUAUGUAAUAGAGGACUUUUGUAUGUUCAAGUGUAAUAUUGCAAUAUAUUUCUCAGAGUGAGCACCAAAAAGCUAUAUUUACUUUUGCUGUGCAUGAGGUUGAAAUAUAAGACUUAUAUUUGUGAAAUUAUUUGGUUUGUAAUUUUAUGGUAGUUAUUUUUACUGUUUUUCUUUCAAAGGCUGUUUCAUGUAUGUAUUUUGUCAUAUUAUAUUCCAAAAGAUAUAUUUGCUUACAUGUUAAAUAUUAAUUUUGUGUAAUAAUUAAUAAAAAAAACUUCUGAAAAAUUUAAAGUUGUGUAUUGC